GGCUUUUUUUUACCUGCCUUUUGAGUAACGGCAAUAAGUGAAACUGAAACUUAAGCUACUGGAUUUAGCAGAAAUCAUUACUGAGCUCAGAUCAGACUGAGACAGAAUGGCGUCUGGAUCUUCUCUCAUGGAAGAGGAGCUCUCCUGUCCUGUGUGCACUGAAAUCUUCAGGGAUCCUGUUGUCCUGAUUUGCAGUCACAGCAUCUGUAAGGCCUGUCUGCAGCAGUACUGGGAACAGAAGGGAUCUCAGGAGUGCCCAGUUUGCAGGAAAAGGUUUAAGCAAGAACCUCCUCCUAACCUGUCCCUGGGGAAUGCCUGUGAGGCCUUCUUAAAGGAGAGAAGUCAGAGAGCUAAAGCAGGAUCUGAAGUGCUCUGCAGUCUGCAUAGUGAGAAACUCAAACUCUUCUGUUUGGUGGAUCGAAUACCCGUCUGUGUUAUCUGCCAAACUUCAAAAAAACAUGAAAACCACAAAAUGCGACCAGUUCAAGAGGCUGCGGAAGAGUAUAAGGUGGUGAAGUUUACUAGUCAGGCCCAGCACACAGAGAGACAGAUAAAGAUGGAGUUUGAGAAACUUCAGCAGUUCCUAAAAGAUGAAGAGGCAGCUAGGAUCACUGCACUGAGGGAGGAAGAGAAGCAGAAGAGUCAGAUGUUGAAGGAGAAUAUUGAGAAGAUGACAGAAGAGAUAUCAUCUCUUUCAGAACAAAUCAGAGCCAUAGAACAGGAGCUGGGGGCUGAAGACGUCUCAUUCCUGCAGAGCUACAAAGAUGUAAAGAAACGAGCCCAGUGCACACUGGGGGAUCCAGAGAAGGUCUCAGGAGCACUGAUUGAUGUGGCCAAGCACCUGGGCAAUCUGAAGUACAGAGUGUGGGAGAAGAUGCUGGGGACUGUUCAAUACACUCCUGUGACUCUGGACCCAAACACAGCACAUCCCAUCCUCUCACUGUCUGAGGAUCUGACCAGUGUGAAAGUCUGUGUUGAGAGACAGCAGGUUCCUGAUAAUCCAGAGAGAUUUGAUGGGCGACAUCGUGUGCUGGGCUCUGAAGGAUUCAGCUCAGGGAGACACUGCUGGGAUGUAGAAGUGGGGGGUGAAGAUUACUGGGACAUAGGUGUGGCUAAAGAGUCUAUCAGCAGGAAAGGGGCUGUGUAUCUGAGCCCAGCAGGAGGAGUGUGGAGUAUACGGCUGCUCAAUGGGAAAUACACAGCCCUGACUUCCCCACAUACACUCCUCACUGUGCGGAGGAAACCCCAGAGGGUCAGAGUGCAUCUGGACUGGGACAGGGGGAAGGUGUCAUUCUCUGACCCCAGUGACAACACUCCUCUCUACACUUUUAAACACUCCUUCACUGAGAGAGUGUUUCCAUUCUUCUGGCUUGGUUCUCUGCAGAUCUGUCCACUGAAGGUAUCUAUAAGAGUGGAAUAGUGCUGUGGUUUGUGGGCAAGGAUCAGGUGAACAGGCUGCUUCUUUCACUGUGAUUAAUGAGAUAAAAAUAUCUAUUACGAUGUUUUCUUUAAUUAUUUAA